UGAGCACGAAGGAAGUGUAUUCGAGCCUGGUUCGGCGAUGACCUCCUCGACCUUUUGCGAGCACUGCUUUUGUAUCGGUGGUCAACAACGAUGCAUAAGACCCAAGUGUUUGCUCCAGAUACAGGGCUGCCAGCCUGUGUACGAGGACUACAGCUGCUGUCCUGUAAGAUACGACUGCACCAUCAAGCACCAAGUCCUACCGCCGUCGCAACGCAACCAUAUAGAAGUGACCACCGUGAAGCUGAGCAAAAAGAAAAACGGCGGUGGUGGAAUUCGAGAGGGAUGCUUCGUUUCAAAGAAAUAUUAUCCAGAGGGUAGUAAAGUAUUAGGCUUAGGUUAUUCAGUUUGCGACAAUUGUUACUGCGUACACAGCGUGGUGCGUUGCGAACCAAUGUCCUGUGCACCACCCUUAUUGGGUUGCACUCCCGUUAUCAAAGAGGGGGAAUGUUGUGCCACCAGUUACAAUUGCAAUAAUUCUAUCGAAAUACAACCGAACCCAAAUUAUGGGGAAUUCCCGGAAAUAAGUAAGGAGUACGCAAAACUGAGAAAAGAAGUCCCAUUGUGGAGCAAUCAAGAAAUAACGCAGAAAAUAUCGGUUGAUAAUGGACUCCAUUAUGUGAUCGCUCAAAGUUUAAACAAUAUACACUCCGAAAAACCAGAAACAUUACGACGAAAUUCGAUUAAUCCCGUUAAAGAAAUUCACCAUAACGCAUACAAAAGGCAUACGUCUCCUUCGGCAACUGCUUCAAAAUAUCCCAACGUAUCCACUAAUCUGAAGCAAUUUGUACAAAUACAAACAACUCAUUACAAACCAAAACCAAUCAAAAGUUCGCCAAAAUACAGUUUGGAUGGCAGAGUAAUAAGAAAGGUUGACAACAAAUCACUUGAUAGAGAAACAACAAUGACGAUAGCGAGAACUGCAACAACGAAAAACUUUUCUAGCAUUAGUACUUCUACCACAACAACAACAAUUAUCCCUAAUUCAGAGAUUACUUCUACAAAUACCCAAGACCCAAACAUCACUACAGAAAUGACCGAAAUGCACACUUCCACAAUAGCGGUUUCCGGUUUUGAAACCGACUCCACGUUAUCCGACAGUUUUAUAGCUGAUAAUAACAACGAGACUGUACCUACUGUCAUAACUACAGUGGUGUCCAAAAGUACCUGUCUUGAAACAUCGACUAACGUUGAUGAAACAACAAUUGAGCUCACAACAACAGACUCAAACGUUGAGGCUAAACAGGAAAUUGAUAAUAAAAGCAAUACAAUGAAAGUUCAAGAUGAAAACAAAAGCAAUGCAACAAUUGUGUCUGGUUAUACAACAUCAAGUGAUUUGCUCAAUACAGAACUGGAUAGUAAGGUGAACGUUUCUACACCCACUUUUAUCCUUCUUCCGGCAAUUUCUCCUUUAAUAGGAGGCAUUUUGAACGAGUCAACGGUCGAAGAUUCUGCAGAUUACGAUUAUAGUGAACCCACAUUGCCACCUUCUCUACCUAAUCUGAGGAUUAUACCGUUUGUGGCGGCCGACGCUGUAGAUGAAACAAAUGAGGAAGAAAAUACAAGAUUCUCUCCUGUUACACAGAGUCCGCCAUACACUUUAUUUUCACCUCCUACAAAAACUGAAGGUGGAUUUGUCCCCAAAGAACCACCCCUAUCGGUAGAAGGCUACGACAGCAGCUUUCACGUAGCAACCACACACGCUGAUUCUGAUAAAGUCACUUCAACAAAGCCCCUAACCGAAAUCCCAAACGUGUUAAAUUACAGUUGCCAAGUAGAAAGCACUUUAUUUGAACAUGGACAGACUGUCCCCGGAAAGGACGCCUGCACGAUUUGUACAUGCUUGUAUGGCAAAGUGGCAUGCCACGAGCCGGAAUGUCCUCCACCCGAAAUAUAUUGUCGAGAACCAUCCGUAAAGGAAAUUUUGUCAUGCUGUCCGUCACAUUUUUGUGGUGACGAUCUAUCGGAUGGCCCUGUGGAUCGAGCGGAUGCAUUUGACGAAACGUUGGGAAAUUAUUCUGCAAACAAAUCGUCUAACGGUGGUAAACUCGGCGACCGCGAAGAAAUGCCGUUUUUAAAUUUAAACUUCAGUCACAGUUCGUUACCGCGGCCGUCAAAACCCUCGUCCGAAUACAAAAGCUCGUUACCAACGCGCCGCGUUCAGACGCUUAACAAUAAUAACAUUAAUGGAAAGCCCGACCGGAAACACCUGAGCAACGAAAUUAACGAAACAACGAAAGAUACAAAUCAAAAUACGAGCAGCGAUAGCCAAUUUGGACCGGCCAAGAUUUAUGGUAACAAUAACAAAAGCAUGUUGACGACGUCCACGACUGCGAUGACGUUGACGAGUCAUGGGCAAAAUGAUGAGGUCGCUGUUUCCAUCGCGGGUGGCGAAGACAAAGGAAACAACAUCGACGGGACCGUGGGAGUGCUCAAACUUGCCGGAUGCAACAUCUACGGCAGAAUGUAUCGGGUCGGGAAAAUUAUUUUCGAACUAUCCGGACCGUGUUUAGAGUGUCGGUGUACAGAUGUUGGAGUACAAUGUAAAUCGAAUAAAUGUUAGUUGUAAGUUA